AGAUGGCGCCGGUGUGUGUGGCUGCUCGUCUGUCAUUCUCACGUAUGCUGAUGUUUAUACUGUUUCUGACCUGUGUCAUCUACGGAACUGAGUCUCUGCUGGUGUACGAUCGUAACACACUGAUAGACCUCCAACCUUUGGUCCAGGAUAUGGAGUUAUUAGAUGUUGCUGGCCAACAAUCCCUGCCCCCGCUUCUGUCGGAGAUUCCAAGCCACUUGUUCCGGGUUCCUGCGUUGCUUUCACGGCGGAGACGUCAUCGUCGUCGYGGUAGACGAAGCGGCCGGCUGGUGAAGCUGAAGUUUUACAUGACGCACUGUUCUGCUUUUACCCGAUCAUCGCGUGGAUCGUUUCUGGGCUCUCGGGUGCCACGGCGUUUCUUGGAUCCCGUUGAUGUCUGCUUGGUGCCAGUGGUCGGCGUUCAAGCCCCUCCACAACGCCGCCCCUGCCCUUCCCGGCUCAAYAUGCGCCGACGGUGUCUCCAAAACCUGAGACCGCUGUGCCGAGUUUCCCAACCUGUCGAAGCCCAGGAUCCAGUUCCUGUUAGGAUUGGCCUGAUAAACRCCAGGUCGCUUGUGAAUAAAACUUUUAUUCUUCGGGACUUUUUUAGUUGCCAAAACCUGGAUUUUUUAUGUGUGACUGAGACGUGGCUGAGUGUUGGUGAGUCCAGUGCUCUAUCUGAGCUUUUACCAGCGGAUUGUUCUUAUUUUAACUCACCACGGGCUUCGGGGAGAGGGGAAGGCACAACGACUGUUUACAAACAGGACUACAAAUGUAAGCAGUGUUUUCUACAGACAUCAUUCCCCAGCUUUGAGUUUACGUCUUUUGAGAUGAGACACGUAAACCCAGUUUUCUGUGCUGUCGUCUACCGCCCCCCCAAAUACAAUAAGGAUUUUAUAAGUGAYUUUUCUGACUUUUUAUCUAGGAUUUUAACUAACUAUCAACAUGUUCUUAUUGUUGGAGACUUCAAUAUACAUGUGUGCUGUCCCGAAAAGCCUCUGGUAAAGGACUUUUUAAGCCUUCUGGACUCUUUUAACCUGGUACAGGCCGUUUCCGGCCCUACACACGAACACGGACACACACUGGACCUGGUUAUUUCCUGCGGUCUGCCUGCGACUAACCUGGAAACCUGUGACUCUGUGUUCUCGGAUCACCUGCCUGUUUUAUUCACUGUUACUUUGACACCUACUGCAGUUAAAACUUACGCUGCUGUUCGGCACUGUUGGAUUAUUAACCCUUCCACUGCCA